CGAUCUCGACGUGGGAAGGCCGGGUCUUCAGCGGCAGUCAUGUGGACCGUCCUGCUGCUUCUCCUCAGUGCCUUCUCUGCUCUCGCGUUGAGCCGGGUGCCGGUCCUCAUGGCGGUGGUGCGCAGGGAGCUGUCGUGCGAGGGCUACCCCAUCGAGCUCCGCUGCCCCGGCACCGACGUCAUCAUGAUCGAGACCGCCAACUUCGGCCGCACGGACGACAAGAUCUGCGACGCCGACCCGGCCCAGAUGGAGAACACACAGUGCUACCUGCCCGACGCCUACAAGAUCAUGUCCCAAAGAUGCAAUAACAGGACUCAGUGUGCUGUCGUUGUCGGAUCGGACGUUUUUCCAGACCCUUGCCCCGGAACGUUCAAGUACCUGGAGGUUCAGUAUGAAUGUGUCCCGUACAAAGUGGAACAAAAAGUUUUCCUGUGCCCGGGCCUCCUGCGGGGGGUGUACCAGAGCGAGCACCUCUUCGAGUCGGACCACCAGUCGGGGGCCUGGUGCAAAGACCCUCUGCAGGCCUCCGACAAGAUCUACUACAUGCCCUGGACGCCGUACCGCACGGACACGCUCACAGAGUACUCCUCCAAGGAGGACUUCAUCGCCGGCCGGCCCACCACCACCUACAAGCUGCCCAACAGGGUGGACGGCACGGGCUUCGUGGUCUACGACGGCGCGCUGUUCUUCAACAAGGAGCGCACGCGCAACAUCGUCAAGUUCGACCUGCGCACGCGCAUCAAGAGCGGGGAGGCCAUCAUCGCCAGCGCCAACUACCACGACACCUCGCCCUACCGCUGGGGCGGCAAGUCCGACAUCGACCUGGCGGUGGACGAGAACGGGCUGUGGGUGGUCUACGCCACCGAGCAGAACAACGGCAAGAUCGUCAUCAGCAAGCUCAACCCCUACACGCUGCGGCUGGCGGGCACCUGGGAGACGGCCUACGACAAGCGCUCGGCGUCCAACGCCUUCAUGAUCUGCGGCAUCCUCUACGUGGUCAAGUCCGUGUACGAGGACGACGACAACGAGUCCACGGGGAAUAAGAUCGACUACAUCUACAACACCGACCUCAGCAAGGACGGCUUCCUGGACAUCCCCUUCCCCAACUCCUACCAGUACAUCGCCGCUGUGGAUUACAAUCCCCGGGACAACCUGCUGUACGUCUGGAACAACUACCACGUGGUCAAGUACUCCCUGGACUUUGGCGCACUGGACAACAGGCCCGAAUUGUCUUCGUCCGUGGUGGCUAACAUGGACACCACCACGACCAGGACGACCUCCAGACCAGUCCCCGUCACGACCCUCACCCCCAGCACCACGACCUCCACCCGGGCCCCCACCACCUCCACCCCCAGCCAGCGGGCCCAGACUACCACCACCCUGGCCCCCAAUGCCCCCACCCGCCCCGCUCCCUCCUCCCAGCUUCCCAACAUCGGCCUGGACCACUGCACCGCCCUGGAGGAUUCUGACCUGGCCUGGCCUCAAACACUGCAGGGCCACGUGGCUAUGCGACCCUGCCCUGCAGGGACCAUCGGGACCGCUACGUACGUGUGCCUGGCUCCUGACGGCUACUGGGACCCCCAGGGGCCCGACCUGAGCAACUGCACCUCGCCCUGGGUCAGCCAUGUUACGCGGAAAUUGAAGUCCGGAGAGACGGCCGCCAUCAUUGCCCGGGAUCUCUCAGAGCAAACCAAGAGCCACAUCCAUGCGGGGGACAUCACGUACACGGUGAAGACCAUGGGCCAGCUGGUGGACCUGCUGGACAUGCAGCUGAAGGACCUCACCCCCGGGGGGAAAGAUAGCGCCGCCCGGAGCCUGAACAAGCUGCAGAAAAGGGAGCGUUUCUGCCGGGUGUAUGUCCAGGCCAUGUUGGAGACGGUGAAUAACCUGCUGCAGCCUCAGGCCCAGGCGGCGUGGCGGACGCUGAACACGAGCGAGCAGCUCCGGGCCGCCACCAUGCUGCUGGACACGGUGGAGGAGGGCGCCUUCGUCAUGGCCGACAACCUCCUGAAGACGGACGUGGUGCGCGCCGACAUCGACAACAUACAGUUGGAAGUGGCCAGAUUGAGCACGGAUGGGAAUCUGGCGAAUGUGAAUUUUCCUCAGAGCGGUGGACAGGGGAAUUCCAUCCAGCUCUCCGGGAACACCUUGAAGCAGCACGCCAAGAACGGAGAGAUCAGGAUGGCGUUCGUGCUCUAUAAGCACCUGGGGACCUACCUGUCCACGGAGAACGCCAGCAUCAAGCUGGACCCCGAGGCUCUGUCCACCAACUACUCCGUCAUCGUGAACUCGCCCGUCAUCACUGCCGCCAUCAACAAGGAGAGCAACAAGGUCUACCUGAGCGACCCGGUCUUCUUCACGCUGAAGCACCUACAGCAAUCGGACGAGUAUUUCAACCCCAACUGCUCCUUCUGGAGCUACUCCAAGCGCACGAUGACGGGGUACUGGUCCACGCAGGACUGCCGUCUGCUGCACACCAACCGGACGCACACCACCUGCUCCUGCACGCACCUCACCAACUUCGCCGUCCUGAUGGCGCACGUGGAGGUGAAGAACGUGGACCCCAUCCACAGCCUCCUGCUGGACGUGAUCACGUGCGUGGGCAUCCUGCUGUCGCUGGUGUGCCUGCUCAUCUGCAUCUUCACCUUCUGCUUCUUCCGCGGGCUGCAGAGCGACCGCAACACCAUCCACAAGAACCUGUGUGUGAGCCUGUUCAUCGCCGAGUCCCUGUUCCUGGUGGGCAUCAACCGCGCCGACCAGCCGAUCGCCUGUGCCGUCUUCGCGGCCCUGCUGCACUUCUUCUUCCUGGCGGCGUUCACCUGGAUGUUUCUGGAGGGGGUGCAGCUCUACAUCAUGCUGGUGGAGGUGUUCGAGAGCGAGCACUCCCGGAAGAAGUACUUCUACCUGGUGGGCUACGGCGUUCCCGCCCUCAUCGUGGCCGUGUCCGCGGCCGUGGACUACCGCAGCUACGGGACGGACCGAGUAUGCUGGCUGCGGCUCGACACCUACUUCAUCUGGAGCUUCAUCGGUCCGGCCACCUUGAUCAUUAUGCUGAACGUGGUCUUCCUCGGGAUCGCCCUCUACAAGAUGUUCCACCACACCGCCAUUCUCAAGCCCGACUCCGGCUGCUUGGACAACAUCAAGUCGUGGGUUAUAGGAGCCAUCGCCCUCCUCUGUCUGCUGGGCCUGACCUGGGCCUUCGGGCUGAUGUACAUCAACGAGAGCACGGUCGUCAUGGCCUACCUCUUCACCAUCUUCAACUCGCUACAGGGGAUGUUCAUCUUCAUAUUCCACUGCGUCCUUCAGAAGAAGGUGCGUAAGGAGUACGGGAAGUGUCUGCGCACACGCUGCUGCAGUGGGAAGAGCGUGGAGACCUCCAUCGGGUCGGUGAAGAGCUCCGCAUCGCGCACGCCCGGACGCUACUCCACGGGAUCGCAGAGUCGGAUCCGUCGGAUGUGGAACGACACGGUCCGGAAGCAGUCCGAGUCGUCCUUCAUCACGGGGGACAUCAACAGCUCAGCAUCGCUGAACAGAGAGGGCAUCCUGAACAAUGCCAGGGAUUCAAGUGUCAUGGAUACUCUACCACUGAAUGGUAACCAUGGCAACAGCUACAGCAUUGCCAGCGGAGAGUACAUGAGCGACUGUGUCCAGAUCAUCGACCGCGGCUACAACCACAAGGAGACCGCGCUGGAGAAGAAGAUCCUGAAAGAGCUGGCCUCCAACUACAUCCCCUCCUACCUGAACAACCACAACCACGAGCACCGCUCCGUCGAGCAGAACCGCAACCUGAUGAACAAGCUGGUCAACAGCGUCAACAACGGCAGCAAGGACGACGGCAUCGUGCUGGACGACGUGGCCUCGUUCGGCCAGGAGGACGGCCUGGGCCUGGAGCUGAUCCGCGAGGAGUCCAACGCCCCCCUGCUCCCGCAGAGGCCCCCGCCCGCCGACGGCCUGCACCAGCCCCCGCUGCCCCUGCACUACGCCCGCAGACGGAUCCCCCAGGAGAACAGCGAGAGCUUCUUCCCCCUGCUCACCAACGAGCACACGGAGGAGGCCCCCUCGCCCCACCGGGACUCCCUGUACACCAGCAUGCCCACGCUGACCGGCUCGCCCGGCGCGGAGCCGCCCCCGUGCGCCAACAGCCCGGCCGAGCCCCCCGCCGGCAAGACCCCCGACGGCGACGACGUGUACUACAAGAGCAUGCCGAACCUGGGCUCCAGGAGCCACAUCCACCAGCUGCACACGUACUACCAGCUGGGCCGGGGCAGCAGCGACGGGUUCAUCGUGCCGCCCAACAAAGAGGAUCUGUCCCCCGAGGAACCUUCUCAAGAACCUCCCCCUCAUCUGGUCACCAGCCUAUAGACGCUGCUUCUGUCCCCGUGGUGUCCUGUUCUGGUCAACAGUGGUAGACAUUUUUUUUUUGUUUUUGUUUUUCUUCUUCUG